CGCAGAGGUUCCUCUCUCUGCUUCCUAAAUACUAAUACGAAUCAUGUGACGUGGUGCGUGUGUAUGUACAGUAUAUAGUAAUUUGCAUUAGUACUUUAUAUUUUCACAAAUGAAAAUGAGCUGAGAAAAACAUUACAUGGCAAUUGAGUUUAGUUACACCAAGUGCGAUGACUUCUUGGAUCAGUAUAACUUCAAAAUUGGAACAAGGUUUAAAGAUAGUAACGCGUGUAGACAACAGCAAGUUUCGGCUUCUUGUCAACCGUAUAUGUCAAAGCUUGCAGUCUAGCAACGAUACGAAGAUAUUCAAUGAGGAAGAAGAAGAAAAGCUGCUGGUAUCUUUGGAUCUGACAAAAAAUGAGUUAACUCUUUUAUUAGAUACUGUAACAUCAAUUUAUACGCAAGCUGCGUGUAAUUUUGCAAAGCCAUCUGUCAUGGAAUCUGUUAUGAAAGACAGUUUCAAGAUAGAUGAAGAAAAAAUAUCAAUUUUUAUAAACACAUGGAUGACCUACGGAAAGGGGAUUGUAGAGAAUUUUAGACAGAAGUCUAGCUUUCCCACUCAGGUAAAGGAUAUCAAUUGGUGUCUAAACGUUCAAUCAUCGUCAUCUGCAAUUCACAAAGAGGCAAGACCCGUAGCUCUGCUCCAACUUGAUCUAACUGGUGAUAAGACAUCUACUUUAACGGUAGAGUUUGACAAAAAACAAUUGACAGACAUAUAUUACAAUUUGGAAAAAAUUCAAUCUCAGCUAGAUGCUCUUAAAUAAAAAAGUUGCAACUUACCAUGUAAAACAUUUCCUCUUAUAUCGUCUUGUGAGAAAAGGAGUGUGAUAAUCUCUGUUAAUUCUUACUACUUUUAUAACAAAAGCACUUUUUUAAUAAAAAAUUUCAUUUAUUGAUAAUAAAUAUUUGCUACGACACGUUGUUUUUACAUAAAUAAAUGUAUAGUUUUGUGAUCAAACCCAUAAAAUGAGACAUGUAAUUGAUGUAAAUACUCGUAUAAGUUAUAAAGAAAUAAGAUGUAAUAUUUAAUUUAGAUAUAAGAAAUAUAUGAAAGUGAAAGCCUUGUAAGUCUAAGGAGAAUACGAAAUUUCUC